AUGGGUCAAAAAUCAGCUAAACAACAUAAAAAAGAUUUAACUCAUUUAUCCGAAGAUGAAAUUGAUCGUUUAACAAAAAAUACAACAUAUUCAAGACAACAAAUUCACGAUUGGCAUCAAGGAUUUCUUCGUGAUUGUCCUAAUGGUAAACUUGAUAAAAAGAAAUUCUUUGAAGUGUACAAGAAAUUUUAUCCCGAAGGUAAAGCUGAAAAAUUUUGUGCUCAAGUAUUUAAAACAUUUGAUUCGGAUGAUAAUGGUUAUAUUGAUUUUGUUGAAUUUCUUAUUGCUGUGAAUAUUACAUCUCAUGGUGAUGUUCGAGAAAAACUUCGAUUGGCUUUUGACAUACAAAAAAAAAUGAUUAUUUUAUAUUUUGCUGAAUUAUUCGAACAAUAA